UGGUUUUCUGGGGAAUACCAACCCAAGCUUUCUCUGCAUUCUUUCUCAAUCCACCGAACCAAUUAAGUUAAUAGGACCUUCUCACUCUGAGUUAUUCUUUCUCUUCUUACCCUCUCUCAUUACAUCAUAAACCAAAAAUAAAGGCUCAAAUCACCACUGUUAAACUCAAACCUUGGUCCAUUCUUUUUUAAGUCAUCGAAGGUGGAGGAGCAAUGAGGAAAGAGUCGAAGAAGUUAUCCAAGUCUUGGCCCAAAUUAGCCGUGAGGAAGUGGCUCAAUACGAAGAACAGUGCUGAGAAGUUUCAGUCAGACUACGAUGCAACAGCAACUGGAAUGGAAAGAAGAAAGAGUUGCUCUGACGAAGAUCGUUACGUCACCGUACUGGAUGAUGAUUUCUCAGAGGGGAAGAGUGGGAUGAAAGGUUUGGUGCUUGGGAAGCAAUCAAGUCCUGGGAGUGGCACUGGGGCUAUGAAUCUUAGGAUGUUCGUGGGAACGUGGAAUGUGGGAGGGAAAUCACCCAAGGAAGGUUUGAGUUUGAGGAAUUGGCUCACGUCUCCUUCCGAGCCUCACAUCUAUGUUAUUGGGUUCCAAGAAAUCGUACCGCUAAAUGCGGGCAACGUGCUUGGGCCGGAGGACAGUGGCCCAGCAGCGAAGUGGGUGGGCCUUAUCCAUGAAGCCUUGAACAUCAACAACUACGACGACGAUGAGAACAACCGUGACGACGACCAUAAGGAAAAGUUUCCUAAGACUCCACGACGCUAUUGCUUAGCAGCAAGCAAGCAAAUGGUUGGUAUUUUCUUGUGCGUGUGGGUUCGAGCGGAUCUUUGCAACCAUGUUUCCAAUUUGAAAGUGUCCUGUGUUGGCAGAGGCAUCAUGGGUUAUCUUGGAAAUAAGGGUUCAACAUCGAUUAGCAUGACAUUGUACAACACCACGUUCUGCUUCGUUUGCACCCACUUGGCUUCUGGGGAGAAAUUUGGUGACGAAUUGCGAAGAAACUUGGACGUCUCGGAAAUCUUGAAGAAAACCAAAUUUUCUCACUCCUUUAAAUCUCCUCCUCAUUCUCUGUCUCCUGAGAGUAUUCUGGAACACGAUAAUAUUAUUUGGCUCGGCGACUUGAAUUAUCGACUAGCUGCUGGCUAUGAGGAUACACAUGAACUACUAAAGAAGAAUAAUUGGCAGGCAUUACUAGAGAAGGAUCAGCUAAGGAUAGAGCAGAGGGCUGGUCGAGUAUUCAAAGGUUGGAAUGAAGGGGACAUAUACUUUGCUCCUACUUACAAAUACUUGACCAAUUCUGAUCACUAUGUCGCACAAUCCUCCAAAUCCAGGGAAAAACGACGAACUCCUGCUUGGUGCGAUCGAAUUCUUUGGAAAGGAGAAAGGCUGAAUCAGAUGUGGUAUGUUCGGGGAGAGUCCAAGUUCUCAGAUCACAGGCCAGUUUAUUCACUAUUCUCUGUUGAAGUGGACUUGACGAGCAAGAAUCGAGUUCCCAGGUCCUGUACAUUAAAACCCUUGACAAGUACUGCGUUGUCAUCAACUUCUUGUGCUGCUAAAGUCCAAGCAGAAGAACAACUCUUCCUGCUAACGAGAGCUCAAAGUUGCAUCGACACAGUUCCCAGGUUUUAAAUCCGUAAGAAGACACUAGGCAGAGGUAGUUUUCGGAUCGAUACCACCUUCAAGUGCAAACGCGGCUCAAGAUGGUGCACUUAGGUAUAUAUUCAUGUCUUUUGGGUAUUCAUUUUUGUGUACCCUAACAACCCCUAAUGUUUUUUGUGGGGACUAGUUAAGAGGUUUGUGUUGGAACUAUGGCCAAACACCUCGACUUCUCAAGCGACUAGGAUAGCUGUCAGUAUACUAUGAAUAACUCAGAAAAUUUUGAAGAAGAAAAUGUUGAUUGAUAAUAGUUGUAAAUUUUAAAUUGUAAUCAUAGCAAUACUUAUUAUUAUUGUAUCGAUAUUUGUUAAUACAAUGUUCAACUUGUAUUAUUCGUA